UGAGUAGAUCUGAGACAAACUGUCCAAACCAAUGCAGGUAGAAGUUCCAGCGAAAGUUCACAGCGACACAACAGACAAAUUUAUCACUUGGCACUUCAGAUCUCAUAACUUCACUCUCAUGGCACUGUGGACCAAAUUUCUAGUAGAAGAAUCUCAAAGGGAGAUCAACGGCACAUUAGUUGAAUCGCAUGACAUACACUUAGAUAAACUUGAUGCAAGAUUAGCUGCAAACUUACAUGAGCUCAAUAUCUUGGUUGUGUCUAGUUCACGUUGGUUCUUCAGAACAAAUUAUCUCUAUGAAGAUGGGAAACUCAUUGGUUGCAUAUAUUGCUCAGAGGAUAACAUCACAAGCUUCACUGUUCUUUCAGCGAUUCAAAGGGUGUUUAAGACGACUCUCAGUAACUUGAACAAACACCAGGAACCCAGAUUGCAGUUAACAGUGGUACGGACAGCAACGCCGGCACACUUUGAAAAUGGAUUAUGGGAUACCGGAGGAUCUUGCAACAGAACUGAACCAGUGGGAGAAGAUAAAGCAAUGACCAGCACGAUUGAAUGGGCAAUAAGAAAUGUUCAGGUUGAGGAAGUAAACAGAGCACAAAAAGAGAAAAAACACAAGGGAGGGAUGAAUAUAGAGAUUUUAGAUAUAACCAAAGCUAUGUCUAUGAGACCUGAUGCACACCCAGGGAUCCAUGGGAAUAACCAGUGGAUGAGGGGUUACAGUGACUGUUCGCAUUGGUACCUUCCAGGACCAAUUGAUAUGUGGAAUGAGCUAUUACUUGCUGUGCUUAACAAAUAUAGGAAAUACUUGGUAGACCAAUGA